UUGAACGCUCACAUCACCAAAUCGCGUGCACUUGUAAGAAAGAUUCAUAAAUCCACGCAUUGUUGCUUGUUACGCUUUCUGAUCUCCGAUUUCCGAUUGCUUCACGCGGCCCAUUACUUCGUUUCGUCCCAGUUGGUCUUCGAUCAGGUGCCGAGGGAAACUCCUUUUGCUUUUAAUUUUCCGGUCGCUUAUUCAGGGAUAUUGCAUUGCCUUCAGCGUAAAGGAUCAAAGUUGGUUACUGUUAACUUGAUUAAAUGGCAGUUAUGUCAAUGGGCACUUCUGAAGCAGUUCUGUACAUGUCAGGGGAUGCUGUACCUCGUUUUUUGUCUUCUGACCAAUGCAAUAGUGUACCAGACACAAAAUUUCUUUCUAAAUCCUUUCUUGAACAUAGAAAGAAAAGGGGUUCAAGGAAUAUGCAACUUCUCAUUUGUUCAAGCAAGUUGCGGAGUAGUUUUGGUAAUCAGCAUUAUCCAGGCCUGGGCAGAGCCAGUUAUAGAAAUGUUUUCAUAGAUAGAUCUGAUAUUUUCAGUUGCAACUGCCAGCAGGCUGAAGGUAUGAGUGGAGUAACUGCUGGGAAUGGAAACGGGACAUGGUAUGUGGAUAAUGCAAAGAAAUUAAAUACAAUUAAUGGUAUAGUAAAUGGAUCAAACAUUUUGGACUUCGAGAAGGUUCAGGAAUCAAAGCAGGAAAAAGAAGUCCUUAAUUCCAAUGGUAAUGAGCCUGCAUUUGAAACGAUCAGAGAUGCUUCACACAACAUUUAUGUUGACUCUAUUGAGGAUGAGGCAUGGGAACUGCUCAGGGAAUCUGUGGUUUAUUAUUGUGGCAGUCCUAUAGGAACAAUAGCUGCAAAAGACCCUACCAGUUCCAAUGUUUUGAAUUAUGACCAAGUUUUUAUCCGUGAUUUUAUACCAUCUGGCAUAGCUUUCUUGUUGAAGGGAGAGUAUGACAUUGUUCGGAACUUCAUCCUUCAUACAUUACAGCUGCAGAGCUGGGAGAAAACUAUGGAUUGCCAUAGUCCUGGUCAAGGAUUGAUGCCUGCUAGUUUCAAGGUGCGCACAGUCCCCUUGGAAGGUGAUGACUCAGCAAUGGAGGAGGUAUUAGAUCCAGACUUUGGAGAGGCAGCAAUUGGUCGUGUUGCACCAGUUGAUUCUGGACUAUGGUGGAUUAUACUGUUACGCGCUUAUGGAAAAUGCUCUGGCGAUCUCAGUGUUCAGGAGAGAAUCGAUGUCCAGACUGGAAUUAAGAUGAUUCUGAGGCUAUGUCUUGCUGAUGGCUUUGAUAUGUUCCCAACUUUAUUAGUGACAGAUGGUUCUUGUAUGAUAGAUCGCCGCAUGGGGAUUCAUGGUCACCCUCUGGAAAUUCAGGCACUAUUUUACUCAGCAUUACUGUGUGCCCGUGAGAUGCUCGCUCCGGAAGAUGGAUCAGCUGACCUAAUCCGAGCACUGAACAAUCGCCUUGUGGCAUUAUCAUUCCAUAUUAGAGAGUAUUACUGGAUCGAUAUGAAAAAACUCAAUGAGAUUUACCGUUACAAGACAGAAGAGUAUUCAUAUGACGCUGUUAACAAAUUUAAUAUCUACCCCGAUCAGAUUUCUCCCUGGCUGGCGGAAUGGAUGCCAAAAAAAGGAGGUUAUUUAAUUGGAAACUUGCAACCUGCUCAUAUGGAUUUUCGUUUCUUUUCUCUGGGAAACUUGUGGUCAGUGGUGAGCAGUCUUGCAACCGUGGAUCAGUCACAUGCAAUAUUGGAUCUCAUUGAAGCCAAAUGGGCAGACCUGGUUGCAGACAUGCCAUUCAAGAUUGGUUAUCCUGCUCUUGAAGGUCAAGAGUGGCAGAUUAUAACGGGAAGUGAUCCAAAGAACACUCCUUGGUCUUACCACAAUGGAGGUUCCUGGCCAACUCUGCUGUGGCAGCUCACUGUUGCAUGCAUUAAGAUGAAUAGACCCGAAAUUGCUGCAAAAGCUGUGGAGGUUGCAGAGAAGCAUAUUUCAAGAGACAAGUGGCCUGAAUAUUAUGACACUAAAAAAGCAAGGUUCAUUGGAAAGCAAGCGCGGCUGUUCCAGACAUGGUCUAUUGCUGGAUAUCUUGUAGCAAAACAACUCCUGGCUAAUCCUAAUGCAGCUAAGAUUCUGAUCACUGAAGAAGAUAUUGAGCUUGUCAAUGCAUUCUCUUGCAUGAUCAGUGCCAACCCGCGCAGAAAACGUGGUCCAAAGAGGCCAAAUCAAACCUAUAUUGUAUGAGCACACCUUGUGACUCAGUAUUAUUGGGGAAAAAAAAAAGUUGAUUUAUGCUAGUUUGUAAAGAAGGGCUUCGACGAAGGUCUUAAAACGGUUUCCCAUUAACCAUUAUUUAUAGGCCAUUAAGUGUGGUAUAGUUUUCCUUUUCAUCAUUCCAUGGGUGGGUAAGCACCAAUAUAUAGCAUAUUCAUCAAUUACUGUAAUCUAUUAUUGUAAAGAUCAUUCUGCUCCGAUAUAAAAAUAGAGGCAGCAUUACAAAAAUCAA